CAGAAAGAAAAGACUUCUGUAGCUUAUUUCGUCUGCUAGAGCUGCAGUCUGCUUUAUAUUUCAUUAUGUUUACUAAGUGAAAUUCGUUUGGCCCUUCGUUGGAAGGAGCUGCGGCUCUCUGGGGCUGAUGCCUUUCGCCGCGCUCAAACAUGGUCGAGCAGUCGGGGCAGGAAUGGGCGGGGCAGUGUGUGCAGGCCGUGCAGGCCGUGCAGGCCGUGGUGCAGGUGCCGUCCGAGCCGCCGACCGUGCCGACGCAACAGCAGCCAGACCCAGCCAAGCAAUAUAGCAACCCCAACAAGACGAAGACGGCGCUGGCCGCCAAGCCCGCCCUCAACGCCGUCCAGCUCACCGUCCACGCCCCGGCCAGCACGCCCAGCACGCCGCCGAAGGCGCCCAAGUCCGACGACUCCAAGUCCAAGGACUCGUUCGUCUUCGCGGUGCCCAACAGGAAGCCCCCUGUUAUGGUAGACUGGAAAAACACGUUUAAUGUUCGCCACAUGCUAGUCCGGGCGUUGCGGAAUCGUGAGACGGUGGAGGCGGGGUCGGCGACGGGGGUGGCGGGGGCCAGGCGCAACGGCAUGCGUGCAGGAGUGAACGGCAUGGCCCCCAGAGACGGACCCAGGGACGGGCCGCGGGACGGACCGGCGACGGCGGGCUCCGGCUACGGGGCAGCCAGGUCGCUGGACUUGCUCCGCGUCAACCUCCAGCCCACCAUCAACAAGGACAUCAAGCAGGUCCUCAACAAGUACCUCGAGCGCUUCUUCAAGCCCGCCGUGCAGAACAUCCGGAUGAACCUGGGCCAGGGCCACGGCCAGAGCUGCGAGGCAGUGGGCGAGCACGACAUCCGCGUCGUGCUGCAGCGGGUGCUGGAGGAGGCCAAGCUCAUGUACGUGACGAGGCCGCCGGCCGCCGCCGCCACCCACCCCGUCAUCACCGUGCCUCGACCCGUGCCCCGCCCAGCUUCCUUCUCAGCCGCAACCACGCCGACGCCCGCCUGCGCCUCCGCCCUCGCCGCCCUGCCCGCGGCCACAUCAACCAGCACCGCUUCAGCGGCCUCAUCGAGCGGCGUGGUGAGCUCCUCGACCGCAGGCGUGGCGCCUGGCGCUGUCGGUGUAGCGACAGUCCGAGGCACCCCGGUCGUGAAACCAGGCGCCGCGCACGGCCAGCGGCCCGCCCCCGCUUUGGCCGCGGGCGCCGCCAGCACCACCCCGACGGCCCCCGUCGUCAAGCUCACCAACGGCGUCCUCAGCCACCUCGUGGGCCCCUUGCACCCUCUCAGCUCGGAGCCCCCGCCGGCCACGCUGCAACAGAUGUUCAAGAAGCGGAAGGAAUUGGACGCGGAGUUAGAGGCGAAGCGGAAACGAGCCCGUCUGUCGGGGCUUCAAACGGACGCCGGCAUCGCUGUGGUGUCUGCGGCCGCCCCCACCGCCCCUGCCCCUGCCCCCGCCGCCGGCCUGGUUGCCGCUGCGGCCCCCGACCCCGCGCCUGCAUCCGCGCCUGCAUCCGCGACCUCGACGUCCACCCUGAACCACGCCGCCAAGUGGGACCCCAGCAGGAUCACGUCGGACACGCUGUUCGUGAUGGGCGCCAGGGCGAACAAGGUCCUCGGUUACGAGUCGUCGCGCGGCCGCCUGUACACGAAGCACCAGGACCUGUUCAAGUACGCGAGUGACCAGGAGGACAGGGAGUGGCUGUCCAAGAACCACCUGAUCCAGCCCACCGGGGGGAAGGCCUUCCUGUGCAUCCUGCAGGACAUCCAUGAGCUUGCCGUCAGCCAGGAGUACAAGAACAGUCCCAACGUGAACCUGCUGGAGCUGAAGGGCUUCCGGGCGCCCGACUUCUUGCUCAAGAAGAUCCGGGCGUACAUGACCAACCUGCGGGCCGAGCCGCGGGCCGAGCCGCUGGACGACCUGUCGGGCCUGCUGGAGAUGGAGCUGCUUCAGGAUGACGGCGUGGCGAGCAUGGACGACUCAUCGCUCAUGGAGCUGAUGGCCCUGGAGUACGGCGUUAACCUCAUGGGUGAUGAUACCUCCCCCGUGGUGUCGUCUACGGACGCCGGCCGGACCUCGACGCCGACCUCUACGACGGCGUCCAGGUCGUCACCGUCCCGGACGACGGCGAGGGCCUUGUCGACGACGGCCAUGCUGACGACGCUGCCGCCGUCGCUGGAGGCGCUGGCGCCGCUGCCCGGCGGGGACAGCUCCUCCGCCCGGGGUGCCACCGCCCGCACCCCCGCCUGCGCCGUCUUGACUUCAAGCGCCGCCACCGCGGGCGCCGCUGCCACCGCCUUGGCCACCGCCAGCUCCACGCCCGUGUCGCCGGUCGCGCCGGUGGAGCGCGCCAAAGCGCUCAUCCGCAGCCAGUCACUGCCCACCCCGGGGCCGUUCGUCAUGGAGCCGCUCGCGCUCGACGACCUGGAGAUGUAUAUCAAGAGUAGCUCCGUGGAGGACGGCCACUUCGAGCACAUCAUGAGUGGGUCCCCCGUCGCCGUGGACGUCGGGGACAGCGACGCCGGCGUUGCUGUCCCCGAGCCCGGCGGCCUGGACGUGAGCUUGGACGCGAGCCUGGAGGCGAACCUUGACGCGAGCCUGGACCUCAACCUGGACGUGAACCUGGACGUGAGCGGCGCGGAGCACCACCAACUGGAGCUGGCGUGGGACUUGAUCGGCGACCUCAGCACCCCGCCACACAGCCCCGCAGGGCUGCACCGAGGCCGUGGCGAUGUCGUUGGCGCCGACCACGACGACGGCCUUGACGACGACUACCGGGCCGAGGAGUCCGGUUCGGAGGACGCGGAUGCCGUCCUGGGGGCCCCGGGCCGGGCGCCGGUUGGGGUGACGGUGGCCGCCUCCCUCCCCACCGUGUCGACGGGGACCUCAGAGACGUCCCUGGCUGUGAGCCAUGCCACCCUGACAGCCCUGCUCGCCGGGAACACCCUCGACUCGUUGGAAAUACCGGAAGGGCUGUUGUAGCAUGAGGCCGGGGCCCAGGCCCGCGCGUCAGAGCCAGGCCCCCAUGCCAGCGCUGCCAACAUGGACAACAUGAUGAAGACGCCGUCGGGACCCUGGGUCAAAGGCUCCACAGCUGGAAUCCGAACCCAUGCGGCGAGCUUUUAAAGUUAGCUGUAGCAAUUCUUGUUGCUGGUUUGGGUGCUGUAGGAAUCCUCAUAUUUUCCUAAAACGUUCUAGUCAUUGUGAUUCGUGAUGUUGAGACUUUAAGUCACUCUUUUGGUUUUAUGGUUGAAUUUUGGCUUAUCCUUCUUGUGAAUCUUCCAAUGCGGUGGAAGACAUUUUGGCAAUGCUACUGUGUGUAGAAGGAUCUAUGUCCUAGUUUUGCGUUAGAUGAACAACGACAAAUUUGGUGUUGGCACUUGCGUGAAAGAUGAACUUUCUUGCUGUAGGAUAUUGUUCAAAAUACUCUAUCAGUAAACUUAUAUUCUUUUCUUUUCUUGGAAGUGUCUCUCUGUGUAAAUCUGCGAUGUAACGGACCAACACCAGAGUUGUCCUUGCCACCAAACGCCUUUCAAUGUGUGCAAAUUUUAGAAGAAAGAACGAAUGUACUAUACAGGGUAUCAUUAUGUUUCACCCCAGUGUCACUUAGCCUGCAGGAUGGGCUGACAAUGGGGCCUUCUGCAAUUAGGUGAACAAGUUGGAUCUGUGAACUGUACAACAUUUGGUUUUGUUUUCAUUUCCUUCUUCUUGUACAUUUCUUUUAAAUUUUGAUUACCUCUUGUGAUGUUUGGAUCCUUGAGUAAGUAUGUAUUUCAAGACUGACAAAUUUUGUGUUUUCUCUUCCUUUGAUUUCAAAAUGUUUUGUCAAUUAUGCAUAACUUAAUGCUUUUAGUUUUCAUUGUGCUUCUUUCAGAGGAGUUGUUUUGAGCUUCUCUCUUUGUUUUAGUAAAUCUAUGGAUGUUUUGCCUGUUUAUCUCUGAGUUGUGUGAUUUUCUUUCCUUUUUUCAUGUCAAUUUCAUAGUUUAGAUUAGAUUGUGUAUUGGCUGUAAAACAUUAGAGCAGACUUAGCUGUUUGUUAAAAGAUACUUAAUAAAUGUGAAAUGUUAAUGAAAACCCUUACCCUCACUCAAGGUGGUGUAUUGGUUGUGAUUAGAGUUUGUUGUUUUUAUAAUAUAUUAUUGUGAGUGUUUGUGUAUAUAUGCAACUGUUUCUCUAUUUAUGUUAAUUGAAAUUUUAAAUUAUUGUGGUUGGAUUGGUGUUACCUUUCCUGGACAAAAUUUGGUUACAAAUAAUAUAUGAUGAUCGUCUGCUUGAUCAUCUCCAUUCUCUCUCCCAGUAUUAUUUUAUCAACUCUUUAGCAGAAGGCAUCAUUGAAGACAUACAUGUCUUUUUGAAUAAUUGCAGUGCCAUCGUUUUGACAUGAUCUAAUAUAUGUAUUGAAUGCAUGGACAUGCCCUGCUCGUCCUUAUUGUCCUUAUUCAGGGUUUGCAAACGGUUUGGGAGUACAAUGAAAAUUUCUGGCCUCAAUUUUUCUGCCCUUUUCUGGGAAAAGGUACGCUCUAGAUAUGUUCUAUUCUACAAUUGCCGUCUCUAAGGACUCUAAAACUCUUUCAAAAAAUUAAAUGUUUGACUUAUAAAUGGUAAAACACAUUCUUAAAUAUUUUUUAUUAUUGGAGUGAAACUCCGUAGCAAAUUUGUAAGCCAUGUCUGUUUAGUGGUUUUGAGUGUUUUAUCUCAUGUAAAGGAUGCAUUUAGGAUGAAACUUUAUUGUCAUGUUUUAGAGUGUAUUUAUACAUAAUGUUUGUUACUCUUUUUGUGGAGUGAAACUCCUAGGCCUAUAUCGAUAAACAUUUAAGGAACUUUUUCACUGCUGGUCUUUCAACCAUAUGGAGCUCAAUUUUAUGUAUUUCAGUGCUAAUUAUAUAAAAACGUGUACUUUUUUCCUAAAUUUAAUCCAUUCCUGUCCAGGAGAAUUUUAGCAACCAUGUACAGAUCACGUCUCUACUUUUGAAAAUGUGAAGAGAUAGAUCAGAGAUGUAUACUAAAGUAGAAAGUAAUUACACAAUCAUGUUGCCCUAUUUGCAAGUUAACUUGAGUAAACUUUAUGCACUGGUAUGAAUGGGUUAAAAAAAGUCAGUGACAAUCUUCAGAAAACCCCUUGGAGUCUUCAUUAAUAAUUGUUUUGCUCAUUAUUUGGGAGGCCUACUUCUAAAGCAUUUUAAUACAGUCCAAUUCACCGUAGUCUAUUCUUUAUUUUUGUAUGUGAUUGUCAGUUUGCUUGCAAUAACACACACACACGCACACUUGACUGGAACACUUGAACUUGAUUGUACUUCCACUCAACUUUGGUUCCACAUUAUUAUCUCUCUAGUCAAACAUCUAUUCCACCAAGAAAUUUUUUCAGUUUUCCAUGUUAUUUUUUUUCUAUUGAAAAGAUUGUGUCAGUUUAUUAAAAUGCAUUGCUGUACCUGUCCCUCUAAAUAAAUAAAUAAAUGUCGUAGUUUGAGUUUGUA